GACAGCUAUAAACGGGCGCUGAGGCGCUAGCUCGCUCAGUUGGGUCUCAGGUAGCGUAGGUCGUGGGGUUUGUUACUCGCGUUGUUCCCCUUUCCCUCUCCACUCACUAACUCGCGAAAAGCAGCUGUCGGGAAGAGGCGCGGCGCCGAGCCGAGCGAACCUAAGGAAACCGCCGCCGCCGCAGCGCGCGGGUCCGCCCAGGCGUCAGUUUUCUCGGCGCGCAGCUCCCGGGGCCCCCGGGCCGAGCUCUCCGAGGCCAUGAGUUACGGCCGCCCGCCGCCCGAUGUGGAGGGCAUGACCUCCCUCAAGGUGGACAACCUGACCUACCGCACCUCGCCCGACACCCUGAGGCGCGUCUUCGAGAAGUACGGGCGCGUCGGCGACGUGUACAUCCCGCGGGACCGCUACACCAAGGAGUCCCGCGGCUUCGCCUUCGUGCGCUUCCACGACAAGCGCGACGCCGAAGACGCCAUGGACGCCAUGGACGGGGCGGUGCUGGACGGCCGCGAGCUGCGGGUGCAGAUGGCGCGCUACGGCCGCCCCCCGGACUCGCACCACAGCCGCCGCGGGCCGCCACCCCGCAGGUACGGGGGCGGCGGCUACGGGCGCCGAAGCCGCAGCCCGAGGCGGCGCCGCCGCAGCCGCUCCCGCAGCCGGAGCCGCUCCCGGUCCCGGAGCCGAUCUCGCUACAGCCGCUCCAAGUCCCGCUCCCGCACCCGCUCGAGAUCCCGGUCGACCUCCAAGUCCAGAUCGGCGCGCAGGUCCAAGUCCAAGUCCUCGUCGGUCUCCAGGUCUCGCUCUCGGUCCCGGUCCCGAUCCCGGUCCAGGAGCCCGCCGCCCGUGUCCAAGAGGGAGUCCAAGUCCAGGUCGCGAUCCAAGAGCCCCCCCAAGUCCCCCGAAGAGGAAGGAGCGGUGUCCUCCUGAGCGAAUGCUGCGGUCUCCUGUUUGAUAAAAGAAUAUUGGCCAGUAUUGCAGAUUUUAACUGAUUUGGCUGAUCCUCCAGGGACCAGUUUCUGUGGGCGUGUAUUGGAGCAGGUUUGUCUUUAAAUGUUAAAGAUGCACUAUCCUCUUAGAACAGUCAGCUCAACCAUUGUUGUGCUGACCGGGACUGCAUAUUCUAGUGGAUGUGGCAAACGAAUUGCAAUAAGAAGCAAUAAUCUUCUGGAAACCCAAAAGAAAGUUGUACAGGUAUUGCACUGGGUGGGGAAAGGAUAGUGUGUCUUUAACUCUCAAAUUGUUUGGUCCUAUUUUUUAAAGGAAAGGGCCCUAAGUAGCUCAGAUAUUAAAGCAAUUGCCAAAUGCUUCAUUUGAAAACCAAAUUUUUCUUAUAUACAACAUAAACUAAUUUUCUGUCUUCCAAGUAGUGUUUUUGUUUGAAUACAGCCCUUUUUUCUUUUUUUUUCCCCUCCUCACCUGUUUUCACCUUGAUUAUUUGGCCAAGAAUGCACAAACCCAAACUUGUAAAUGUUGAUGCUAGCCUUUGAACAUUUCAUAAUUGGGCCUUUAAAAAACUGUGUUAAUGGCUGGGUGGAACCUUACUGUUACCUCCUGUUUCACCAGAGCCUUAGUAGGUACAUGCCUGAAAUUGAAACCACGUGCUCUUUGGUACCUUCAUGUGAUGGACGGAAAACUGAAUUUAUUUCUUUUCAAACCUAGAUGUAUCGUCAAGCAACAUAAUGGAAGACUCGGGGGAAAGGACCACAUACUCAGUCCAUCAAAGAGUCCUUGGAACAAGCAACUGGCUAUUGAAAAGGUUAUUUUGUAACAUUUUGUCUAACUUUUUACUUGUUUUAUGCUUUGCCUCAGGUGGCAGGCAAACUUCAUUUUAUGUGCCAUUUUGUUGCUGUUAUUCAAAUUUCUUGUAAUUUAGUGAGGUGAACGACUUCAGAUUUCAUUAUUGGCUUGGAUAUUUGAGGUAAAUUUUCAUUUUUGUUUAUAAUAGUGCUGACUUUUUUUGUUUGAAAUUAAACAGAUUGUUAACCUAAUUUGUGGCCUCCUGACUUUUAAGGAAACGUGUGCAGCCAUUACUUGCUGAGUAGCCUAAAGCUGCCAAGAGAUUGACGCAACAUUGCCUUCAUUCCUUAAAAUUAAAAACCUACAAAAGUUGGUGUAAAUGUCUUUGCAUAUGCUAUUUACCUUCAGAUCUAAAUGGUAAUCUGAACCCAAAUUUGUAUAAAGACUUUUCAGGUGAAAAGACUUGAUUUUUUUUUUUAAAGGAUUGUUUACCAAACACAAUUCUAAUCUCUUCUCUUAUGUAUUUUUGUGCACUAGGCGCAGUUGUGUAGCAGUUGAGUAAUGCUGGUUAGCUGUUAAGGUGGCGUGUUGCAGUGCAGAGUGCUUGGCUGUUUCCUGUUUUCUCCUGAUUGCUCCUGUGUAAAGAUGCCUUGUCGUGCAGAAACAAAUGGCUGUCCAGUUUAUUAAAAUGCCUGACAACUGCACUUCCAGUCACCCGGGCCUUGCAUAUAAAUAACGGAGCAUACAGUGAGCACAUCUAGCUGAUGAUAAAAUACAUUUUUUCCCCUCUUCCCCCCAAAAUGGUAAAUCUGAUGACCUUGUAUGAACUUAAAAUAUGAAAAAUGUUAAGGAAACAAAUGGUUUGUAACUUUGUAAGUACUUACAACUUGGUGUAUCUUUCUGCUUUAUGAAUAUUCUGUACUAUAACCAUUGUUUCUGUAGUUUAAUUAAAACAUUUUUCUUGGUGUUAGCUUUUCUCAGAA